UCCGGGUCUCCUUCCUCUGCGAGUCACACCAACGGAGCGUAGUUUUUCAUUUUCUGCCUCAGAAACUUUUUAUCCUACCUGUCUACAGUACAUGUUAUGAGUUAAACACCCGCAGUUGUGUUCUAUCACCGCUCGACAAGCUCGAAGUGAAACUCUUGUGGGAUCUAAGCAGAGAGGCCAGAUCUAUGCUGCUCACACAGAGAAGGACUCUGGUGUGUGCCCGUUGAGGUCUCUUCCCACACAGGUGUGAUCACAGCUGUCCAAGGAUCACAAUGUCAUCAAAAAUGCAGAGCUCCAGCAGCAUAGCUCUAGCCAGGCGGACGGUGCAGCAGCUGAGGAUAGAGGCCAGCAUAGAAAGGAUAAAGGUGUCCAAGGCUUCAUCAGACCUGAUGCGGUACUGUGGAGAACACGCCAAGUAUGACCCACUUCUCAUGGGCAUCCCUGCUUCAGAAAACCCAUUCAAGGACAAGAAGCCCUGCACCGUUUUGUAGAGGAACAACUGAACUUUCACGGUUAUCCUUUUGGUUCUUCAGUGGAAGAAAGCUGACUCACAACUUAUAAGGCCAGUGUCCCCAUGUAAACUUUUUACAUGCUCUCUGCUGUUGAGCAAUAUAAUCCUACCUGCUUAACACAGCAGUAACACCAACGAUAAACACCGUUUUCUGAAACUGUGGUGCUAGAUCAAAGAAUCAGUGAUUACUCCUGUUCUCUGCAAUGUUAUCUGAUGGUUCCUCAGUCUGAAAGAAUGUAGAACAUUAAUGGCAGAGGACUCAACUUUCUACUUCUUACAUUCACAUAGCAACCUUAGGUUAUACAAAUGUAGAAAGUGCUAGUAAUGACAGCUCACAUUGGCUGAAAAAGUCAAAAUAUCUCUAAUAUUUCUUAUUCAAAAUACUUUAAAUAACUGGUUUAUUUCAAUUAUAAUUAGACCAAGAAGUAGGCCAACUGUGACAUAUUUAAGGAUGUGAGUAAGCUGACUGACAGUCAGGCCCAUUUGAGCUGAUGCCAGGAAGCUUAUGGUCCACUUAAACUCAAGCUCUAUUUUGCUAGGUUGAUUGAAAGUUAGGUUGAGCCAGGAUUCCCAAUAUGUGGACCACUUUUGUUCAGAAACCAACUGGCGACAUCCCUGGUAGUUGUUUCACAUCAGGGCUCUGGACCUGGAUCUGAGUGCACUUGCCCUUGAAGUCUGGAUCACCUAAUCGGUAUGAACUAGGUGUAAAACCAAACAGGUGCAUCUCCAAAACUUAGAAUAUCACAUAAAAGUUCAUUUUUUUCCCCUUGAUGUACUUCAGAAAAUUAAAUUUCCAUGUAUUCUAGAUUCCUCAUUACAAAGUGAAAUAUUUGAAAACUUUUUUUCUAAAUCUUACAGUUAUAAAAAUCAACAUUGCACUAUCUCAAAAUAUUGGGAUAUUGUGGAAAGUCCAAUUUGCAAAGGUUUGUUCAGCCUUUAUUUUCUCAUUUAGGUCUAGUACACAUAACCACAAUUAUGGGGAAGACUGCCAACUAGACUCUUGUCCAGAGGACAAUCAUUGACACCCUGCAAAAGGAGGGUAAGCCACAGGAUAUCACUGCUGAAAGGACAAGCUGUUCUCAGAGUGCGGUAUCAAAGCAUAUUUAUGGAAAGUUAGGAAGGGAGGAAGGGAAAGGGAAGGGAAAGGAAGGGAAAAAUGUGGUGAGAAAAAGAGCACAAAUAACAGGAUGAGCUCAGACUUCAGAGGAUUGUCAAACAAAGCAGAUUCAAGAACUUAGGCAAACUUUACAAGGAGUUAACUGAGGCUGGAGUCAGUCGAUCAAGAGCCACUACACACAGGAAAUGGACUAAAAGUGUCAUGUUCUUAGUGUCGUGUCACUCCUGAACCACAGACAACGUUAUCAGUGUCUCACCUGGGCUAUGGAGAAAAAAGACUGGAUUAUGCCACGUUGUAUAGAUGCAGUAAUUUGUGCAAAAGGAGCUCCAACCAGUUACAGAGCGCAUAAAUGUGCAGAAUUUUCCAGCAGGUCGAUAUCUAUGUAUUAUAAAUCCUGUUUUUUUUACUAAUUACUUUAUGUGAGCUGUAAGCUGUAAUCACCAAGAUUAAAACAAACAAAAAAAAGUCUUGAAAUAUUUCACUUUGUAAUGAUGAAUCUAGUAUUCAUGGAAGAUUCACUCCUUGAAUUAAAUCUGUAUUUCCAGUAGUCUCAAACAGCAGACAGAAACGACAGAUAAAAAAGGCUAACACGCAAGGCUUCUGCAUACCAAGAAAAAAAAAGUUACAUGCAGUCGCAGCUAGCAAGAAGGACCAGUGGAGUUAUCAAUCCCGCCAGUUUCUAAUAACUCCCUGAAGAUUUCCUUUUUGUUCUCAAAAAGCCUCUUGAUGUGGAAGCAGAGAGGUACAUUUUAAAGGCUACAUGUAUAUAUACAGUAUGGUUGUAGAAGAGCCUGGCUAUACAGCAUCCCUGCCCAUGUUUACAUACAGUGUAUUCAGAAAUUAUUUAGAGCCUCUUCACUGUUUUUCAAUUUUGUUAUGUUGCAGUCUGAUGCGUCAAUCAGAAAAGCAAGCAUUUUCUCAUUAACCUACACUCAGUGCACCAUCAUAACAAAGUCAAAUAGACAUUUUUGCAAAUGUAUGAAAAAUAAAAAACUUAAAUAUAACAUUGACAUAAGUAUUCAGACCCUUUUUAACUGCACUUGAAAUUUAACCCGGUUUCGUCCUAUUUCUCUUGAUUGUUACUGAGAUAUUUCUACACCUGUAGUAAAUUAGAUUGAUUGGACAUGAUUUGGAAAGGCACACACCUCCCUAUAGAAGGCUUCACAUCUGACACUGCAGAUCAGUGCAAAAACCAAGCCACGAGGUCAAAGGAACUGUCUGCAGAGCUCAGAGACAGGAUUAUUGACAGGCAGAGAUCUGGUGAAGCCCACUUGGAGUUUGCAAAAGACUCCACAUAAAAGCCAAGCAGGGUUUCAUGUGUUUUGCACUGAGGAGAGGCUCCAUCUAGACACCCUGCCAUAAAGCACAGAUCAGUGGAUGGCUGCAGUGAUGGUUGUCCUUCUGGAACUUUUUCCUAUCUCCACACUGGACUUUGGAGCUCAGUCAGAGUGACCAUAGGUUCUUGGUCACCUCUCUAACUAAGGCCAUUCUCCCCCGAUGGCUCACUAUGGCUGGGUGACCUGCUCAUGGAUGAGUCCUGGUUGUGCCAAACUUCUUCCAUUUGAGAAUUACAGAGGCCACUGUGCUCUUGGGAACCUUCAGUGCAGUAGUGUGAUUUCGUUAAUUAUGACUAAAAAUGUUCAUCGACAGCCAUAUACAUAUCCAUGACAUAUAAAAAUCUGUGAUGACUAAAACUGACAAAAACUAAGUUUAGUUUUCAUCAAGAUGACUAAAACUAGACUAAAAUGUAAUGUAGUUUUCGUAGGACAUUCAAAAUCUGUGAUAUUUCUCCACUGUUUGUAAAUCUCUCAAAAAACAAUGUACAGUUGCUAUUCUGCCUCUCAGCUGUAGAAAGCAGGGACCCCAGGUUUGGAAGGGUGCAAAGAACACACUACCAUGAUUUGGUACCAGAUUU